AUGGGGGUGCCCUUUACACCAAACAACGUAUACGACCUGGAGACGCGAUACAAGGAGUACUGGCAGGGCAUGGUUGAAGAAGGCUCGCCUCUUCAUUUCGGAAAGCACAAUGGUGACAUUGUCCAGGUCCAGCUGUCGGACUUGGAGCGCCCAGUGCAUGUGCUUUGCAGUGGCCCGCCAUGCCCGCCUUGGGCAGGAAAUGGCAACAAGAAAGGUGUGGAAGACUUCCGAGCAAAAGCUUUUCUGGCUAUUGUGAAUAUAGUGGCUUCGCUAGCCAAGUGUGGUGAGCUGCAAGCAGCGAUCUUGGAAAAUGUCCAAGGCAUUUUACACCGCCAAGGUGGCGAAGAAAGUUUCAUGUCAAAGCUUCUGCACAUUUUGCAAGAAGAAGUGCAGGAAUUUCUCUGGCAGGUGGACACCCUCAAGGCGGUGGACUACAAGCUAGCGCAGGACAGAACGCGUGUGUUCUUGCGUGGGAUCCGGAGCACGUUGUGCCCAAGCGGGGCGGUGCCACCUCCACUACCCCCAUUUGGCCACAGAGUGUUGACAGACUUUCUGGCGUCAAUGCCUUGUGUGGACCGUAAGAAGCUCACAAAGUGCAUGGCCCAAAACUUGAAAGACAGCCAAGAACAACUGCGGAAACUUUUGCAGGAAGGUCGCCUCGUAGAGACAGACGUUGUCUGCUUCCCACUGGACCGCGCAGAUGGCAAAACAUACAAGCGGCAUAUCAGCGUCAAUCGUACACCAACAUUGACCACCUCGAAUUCAUACCUGUUUGUGUCAGACAUGAAGGUGGGCCUCCCAGAUCAGAAACGGACACACUUCCGUUUCUUGCAUCCGCAUGAGCGGUUUGUUUUGCAAGGUUUCAACGUGGAAGUCGCCGAACAAUUCGCUUCCAGCCAAGCCUUACAAGUCAAGGCAGCAGGAAAUGCCUAUCCAGUGCCACUCAUUGGAGCAGCAAUGGCCCCAUUGCUGGCUGCCUUCGGUGAGCUGCCCCAGAAAGGAGAAAGGGAGCUGGAGUUCCCCACGCGUUUCCAUGAGCGUUUGGCUGACGCCAUGUACGGUGCUGGGAAGAAAAGCAAACCAAAGAAGGCAGGACAUAAGGUGCUCAAACGACCGGCUGCACACCAAUCAUCAGACAAACCUGCAGACGAAAAAUUGGACAAAACCCAUCCUGGGCCCCAUGACAAGGAGCAACAUGACGGUGAUGGGGCACAGCCUUUGGGUGAAGAACGUGCGGGGCCUUCCACCAAGAAGCGACCUGCCAGCACGGCAAGCAUCGGAAGGCCCUGUCAGAAACCAAGACUCCCUGCCGCAUGGCGCCUGCGUGGGCAAAGAUUGCAUGAGUUUAUUUCCUCUUCCACGCUGGUUCAAGCUGACCACGGGUUGCUGCGAGGCUUGCCCGCAGAAACAUUGAGAGCGAAGCUUUUGCUUGUGAUUGUAGGGAAAAACCACAUGGCUGAAGCCCGCUUUGAUGGGAUGCUUGACUACUUCGCUGCUCUCCAAAAGAGCUGCGGGGGGUUCCUUGAAAAGGACGCCUUAGACCCCCUGUUGAAAAGCUGCAUGCUGGAUAUUGAACGCGCCCCGCCCAUAACCAUAGAAGCAGGGGCCAGCAUGCUUAGAAAGCUUGAGAAAGCUACCGUGCCCCAGGCAUGGCGUGAAGCUUUAGUGAAACUGGUGCAAGCCAAGGUUCAGACAGGCGCAGAGAACAGCUGCAACGAAGGGAAUAAGAAGAACAAGGAAAAACCAAGGCAGACAUGUCUGCACUUGGACAACUAUUUCUUGAAGAAGGACUGGGAAAAACUGGCUUCGGAUGGGUUGACUGACAAGGUCAACUUGGCAGCGCAAAGAAUGGCAGCCCUGGGUUUGCUGAACCCAACAGAGCCGACUGUGGUGCAUGCAGUCGCAAUUCUGUAUUUGACGUCGCACAAAGGGACCCUGGAAGAACUUAACAUCACCGGCGUCCAUGCUUUGAAUACGGUGCGGGAUUUGAAAUCUGUGCUCAGAGGAUUGAAAGGCUUUACGCAGUCUGGGAUCACCAACUACCCAAUGGAUCCUGCAGAAUUGCCCGGCCCCAUAUUCAUGAAAGCGUUUGGACAAGAAAAGCCAGAGCCAAGCCGUCUGGAUCCUCACGCGCUUGGAUGGUUACAAGUUGUGCUACCUGCAAGGGACACGCACACAUCAGUGCGAGGUGCCUGGGGAAAGCGAACCUCGCGACUACGCACUGGCAACAACUUCCAGGAGAUGCUCAUGAAUGCCAUGAGCAACCCUGACAUGGCAGCAGCUUUCGCCAGCAUGAUGAGAAACAAUUCUGGAGUGCAGCUGAACAUGACACGCCGGAAACAGUUGAUGCCAAGCGCUGCCUCUGCACAGGUGGAACCACUCAUGUUGGCAAACGGGCCAGCUGCUUCUCACAACUUGGCAGGCAAGCAAGACCCAAAGGAUGAAGUCGACCUCGAGACAUCGCUUCCAAGUAAUGAAGAACCUAGCAUCAAGGCUCGUCCUGGUGCAAAAGAAAUCAGCAAGGCUCGUCCUGCUGUAAGUGAAACCAGCAAAGCUCGGCCUGCUGCAGGCGAACCCUGCGAAGCUCUGCCUGCAAAGGACAGCAAGGAAUUGCCUCCGCUGGAACCCAAAAGCGUAGAUGCCAUGGCGAAUGACAUCUUGGCAGCCAUUGGCGGCCAAAAAAGAAAGAAGACCGCUGCUGAAGAGACCACCGAGGGCGAUGACGUGCCCAUGCCGAAGGUAAAAGCCAAAAGCAAACCAAAGGGAAAGGCCAAAGCCACAGCAAAGAAAACAUCUGCUGUGGCCAAGGCCAAGAGUACGCCUCCCAAGACCAAGAAUGCUGCGCCCAAAGCAAGCCCGAAGAAAAAGAAAGAGGUCUUGCCAUUCCCUGGGACAGCUGCACAUGAGCCCGUUCGCCACAAGAACGCUACAGUUUACAUAUGCCCCAAGUCGACCAACUACAGGGUCAAACUUGAUGGUGAGAAGAAGGACAAGGCCUUCAGCUGGAAACGCCAGGAUGCGAAGGAGGCAUGGGUGCAGGUGAAGGAAUACAUCCUGAACUUGGAGUGA